UCUAUCUGCACCUUUCAUCUGAGGAUACCACCCAAUGCCCACAUAGGCAAAGUAAUCUUUAAGACAUGCAUCGUCGAGUUGGUAUCGAAGCCCAUCUGGGCAUCGGAGGUGGGACAGUUUCGAGAGAGGCGGCCGAGAACCUCGAGAAGGCGGAAGAUCUCUGUCGUCGUCGUAAACCCAUGCAGGCUUUGCCGUACCUACGGAAAGCUAUGAAGGACCCUAAUAACCUUGACGCAGCCGUGCAGAUGGCAUUCCUUAUGCCCACUCUUGGCACGGCCGUUCAACUACUCGAGGAUGCGAAGGCUCAAGGCCGUGUGCACCUGAAGAGUUGUUUGAGCCCUACCUGUUUCGAUGAUGGGGACCAAUACGCUGAGCGCUUCUGGAGCCUACUCGAGACGCGCCCAUACAUGCGUGUUCUCCAGGCCAUAGUGCGUCUCGCCUUCGAAAAUGGGGACUACAACAAGUCCGCGGACACCAUCAUCGAGAUGCUCCGUCAUUGCCCGGGAGAUAAUAUGGGUCAACGCAGCUGGCUUGGCUCCGUACUGCUUCAGGCAGGACGUACCGAGCACGCCCUGUCGUUCGCGCAAGCCUGGCUUGACCCACGUCACGACGAUGGCAGCUGGCCACCACGAGGAGGCUGCGCCUUCAAUCCGCCCAGUCGGGCUCCGCUUUCCAAGGAUUUCAUCGAGAAGAACAAGAAGCAUGGGCCAGGCGCGAGCCUGUACACCGCCGCGCUCGCAUCUUUCAAGCUGUGGGGCGACUGCGAAGUCGCCCGCCAAUACCUCAGGAUCGCGGCUUCUGCGAACCCGCACGUGCUGCUGAAGGUGCUCGGGAAGGUGGACAGACCGAAAUCACUCAACUUCGACCCGCGCUCAUUCAAUGGCCAAGAAGAGGCACAUGACUACCUGUGGCUCACACAGGACCUCUGGAUGGCCCCAGACGUCUGGGCGUGGGCGGACAGUGACGCCGAAGUCAAGUCAUACGUCCUCAAGCGGUGCGUACGCGCGGGAUGUGACACCCGCGAGGUGCGCGUCGCAGAGUUCAAACGCUGUGGAGGCUGCAAGGAAGUUGUCUAUUGUGGACAGGCGUGCCAGAAGGAAGACUGGAAGGCGCACAAACCCAGGUGCAAGGAACACCAGGAGCAGAAGCGGUUCAUGAAGGCCAUGAUGAACUCCCGGACGACCCCGCUGUCCGAAUCAGGCGGCGGCCCCAUCGUCGCCUCGGCAGACUUCAGUGCGGCCGGGAUCUCCACCACAUUCCACUGAGCGCGAGGGCUUCUGCGCCAUCUCGCAUCUGCGAUCUCGGCGGGCGCUGCACGGUGUGCGCACACACGGAGGAAGCUGGCGAGAGUUUGGGCCUCGGAAGAAGCGUGCGUGUCCCUAUCGGGGGACAAGCCUUCAGCGGAUCUGCAGCGAUCUUCGACGCGCGCCUCGGCGAGCCCGCACUGCGCGUCCUGUGGCCCAUCUCCAGAUCCCGCCCCCCAGCCCCGCUCCGAACGGGCAAAAACGCGCAACCAAGCUCUCUCUCUUCUCGCGCGCGCGGGCACUCCAGUUGCCCUUUCCCUGCGCCUCUGUAUCCGCAGAGCGGCCUCGCCGUCCCUUCUCCCCGCCGGGCCCGCCCGCAAUCUUGCUUGCCCUGCCCUGCCGCGCAGGGCGCCGACGCGCUUCAUGUAUGUAUAUAUCUCCGCUUGAGCCUAUGCUGCGCAAAUGCAAUUGUC